AUUCUAAGUUUCAAAAUUUUCAACCAUGCAAAGGUCAAAUAAGAGAUUUAGAGAAGACGGAACGUCGAAUUCAGCCCAAAAUAACCAACAAUUUCCACGGCUUACAGGAGAAGAAGAGUAUUCUGUUAUGGUUUCAGCUUUGAAAAAUGUCAUCAAUGGUAAUAUUCCCAUAGAAAAUACUCAACACUUCAACUUAUUUUCGCCUUUUCAAUAUUCAACUGCCACUUCUACUGCCACGACUGUCACCGCAUAUUCUUCGCCUUCGAACAGCAUGUCUACAAUUGAACAAGGAAAUGUGGUGUCACCUAUUUUAGGUGUCCCAGCAGAACAAGAACCCUGUCCAUUUUGCAGAAUCAAAGGUUGUUUAGGCUGCGACAUUUUCGGAACCACGUCUUCUGCUGCUGUUAAUUUUGCAGAAUCAAAGGUUGUCGCUGCUGAUGAUAAUAAGAAGAAGAGUACUACAAUUUCAAUAGCAAAGAAGAAGAAGAAGAAUUACAGAGGAGUGAGACAGAGGCCAUGGGGAAAAUGGGCAGCGGAAAUUCGGGAUCCAAGAAAAGCUGCGCGUGUUUGGCUUGGAACUUUUAAUACUGCAGAAGACGCAGCUAGAGCUUAUGAUAAAGCCGCCAUCGAAUUCAGGGGUCCAAGAGCAAAGCUAAAUUUCUCAUUUGCUGAUUAUACUGAGACUCAAGAACAACAGAGCACUUCAUCUUCUUCACCUCAACAGUUGCCGGAGCCACAGUUGCAGCAAGGAAAUAAUGCAGAAUUUGGAAAUGAAAUUUGGGAUCAAUUGAUGGGGGAUAAUGAGAUUCAAGAUUGGUUGACGAUGAUGAAUUUCAAUGGUGAUUCUUCUGAUUCUACUGGCGGGAAUGUUCACAGCGGUUAAGUUUCAGUUACUCCAAACAAACAAGAAUUUUUAUUUUUUUUUUAAAUUAUUCGUAUAGUAUUAUUAAUUAGGUGCUUUGCCUUCUUGUAUUUUAACAAAUUGGGCUCUUGCACAUAAGGAAAAACUAGUAAUUUUCUACUCAUUUUCGGGUUGUGCCGUAUGUAAUUCGGCAUAUUAGUCGGGUGAAAUGUAAAAAUUAUGAGGAAUUAAUGUGAAUAUAAUUUUGUU